AAAAUUUUUUUAUUAGGAAUUAUUAAAAUAAUUUUUUUUUUUUUUUUUUUUGAGGGGGUAAUUUUAAAUCAAAUCCAGUUUAUUUUCUUACAGAUACAAGAAAAAAAUACAAAAAAAAUGAUAAAGACAUUUAAAAUUGUAAUUUUAUUUUCUCCUCAUUUCACAAAUGCUGUACUUCAUCUAUUAUUGGGACAAACUUUUACAACAAAAAUGAACAAUAUAAAAGACAAUAUAACCGACUGUAUAGAAAAUACUUUUCCUCGUGCAUCAUUUUCCAUUGACAAUGACAAAAACAAUAAAAUACAACAAAAAAGUUUUUCACUUCCCGCAGGAGGCGUACAAAAAAAUAGAAAAGACAUACAAGAAAAUGUUCAAUUUCUCCUCUACACACCGGAAUUAAAUGGCACAUUUGAAUUAUUACAAUUUAAUAACAGUACAUCAGUAACGACAAGUCAUUUUGAUAAAAAUCGUUCAACUCGUUUUAUAACACAUGGUUACAUGUCUUCUGGAAUUGGAUCCUCAUGUAAACUUGUUCGAGAAGCAUAUUUAAAUUUUACUAACUGUAAUGUCAUUGUGGUUGAUUGGAGUCAACUAGCAGACGAUUUCUAUCCAAUAGCGGCAUUUUAUGUGAAAUUAGUUGGCGAAUAUGUGGGAGCAAUGAUAACAUUUUUAGAAAAUAUGGGAAUGAAUCCAAAUACAACAACACUUGUUGGUCAUUCAUUGGGUGCGCAUGUAAUGGGCAUUGCCAGCAGUUCUGCCGCUCAUAAAGUUAAAUACAUUUACGGAUUGGAUCCCGCAAUGCCGUGUUUUCUCAAUGCACACACUAGAGAACGUAUAUCGCCAGACGAUGCUGAAUUUGUCGAAGUAAUUCACACAAGUAUAUUUGGUGACAAUCAAACAAUUGGUGAUUAUGAUUUUUAUCCAAAUGGUGGACGCAAUCAACCAAAAUGUGCAUGCAAUCUCAUCACUGAAAGUGCAUGUUCACAUUCGACAGCAUUCAAAUAUUUUGCCGCUUCACUUAAUAAAACAAAUCCACCAUUCUAUUCAAUAUUAUGCAAAAAUUUAGAUGCAUUUAAAGCAAAUAAAUGUGAAAAUUAUGAAACAAUAAUGGGUGGCAUUGAUCAUAUACCAAAACGAAAGGGACAUUAUUAUCUUUAUACAAAAGCAACAUUUCCCUACUCAUUUGGUAAAUUUUAUCGAAAAAAAUCAUGUUCAAUGACACAAUUGUCAAUGUGCUUUUUUAAUAUUAUUAAUUUUUUAUUUGGCACACAUUUAUGUUACAACUAAUUAUUAAUUAUAAAAAGAAAAUUUGGGAUAAUUUUUGAUUUUUUGAAAAGUUAUUUUCUUUAAACAAUAAUUUGAAAUAAACAAAAAUUAUGAAAAUAUUAUACUUUGUAAUUAAUAUUUUUGUAUA